GGGCAGGCGGCGCGGAGAUGGGGGGCAGCGCCCCCGGCCAGUCUCCGUACCAGCGGCUGAGUCAGAGGAUGCUGGACAUUACCGGGGACCGGGGCGUGCUGAAGGAUGUCAUCCGAGAGGGGGCUGGAGAGCUGGUGACGCAGGACGCCUCGGUGCUAGUGAAAUAUUCUGGAUAUCUGGAGCACAUGGACAAGCCUUUUGAUUCCAAUUGCUUCAGGAAAACUCCUCGACUGAUGAAACUUGGAGAGGAUAUCACACUUUGGGGCAUGGAGCUGGGCCUUCUGAGCAUGCGGAGAGGGGAGCUGGCCAGGUUUCUGUUCAAGCCGACCUAUGCCUAUGGAACGCUGGGCUGCCCUCCCUUGAUCCCCCCGAACACCACCGUCCUGUUUGAGAUCGAGCUGCUGGACUUCCUGGACUCUGCUGAAUCAGACACGUUUUGUGCCCUCUCGGCCGAGCAGCAAGAUCAGUUUCCGCUGCAGAAGGUCCUAAAAGUUGCGGCUACUGAACGGGAGUUCGGCAACUACCUUUUCCGCCAAAAUCGUUUCUAUGACGCCAAAGUGAGGUAUAAACGGGCCUUGUUGCUUCUCCACCGGCGAUCAGCACCCCCUGAAGAGCAGCACCUGGUGAAGGCCGCCAAGCUUCUUGUUCUCCUUAACCUGUCCUUUACAUACCUCAAGCUGGAGCGACCCGCCAUGGCCCUGCGCUACGGAGAGCAGGCUCUGAUCAUUGACCAAAAGAAUGCCAAGGCCCUCUUUCGCUGUGGACAGGCCUGUCUCCUCCUGACUGAGUAUCAGAAGGCCCGGGAUUUUCUAGUCCAAGCCCAGAAGGAACAGCCCUUCAAUCAUGACAUCAAUAACGAGCUGAAGAAACUGGCCAGCUAUUACAGAGACUACAUGGAUAAAGAGAAGGAAAUGUGUCACCGAAUGUUUGCUUCUGGUGAUGAUGGCUCUACGGGAGAGAACUGAAGAUUCUUCAGCUAACUACAAGCAAGAGAAGCGAGGCUCCUGGAGUUCUCCGUUGUCGUGGGUGUGGGGGUGCUUCGUGGAAAGAGAAUCUCCAGGGCAGACUGUGGCUGUGAGCUGCUCCGAAGAGGAGCUGGAGUCCCCACCCCGGCGUGGCCUCAUCUCUGACUGCCCUGCUGAGAUGUGUUUUCACAGGUGCUGUUUUCUGUUUCACAUGUUCAUACACAGAGUAGGGGAAAGUGUAGCUACUGACAAGUAGAAAAAUGCUAUUUUUUUUGAGGCAGUUUCUUGUUUUUUUAAAUGGAAUUAGUCCUUGGCUUUUCUCCCAGUCCCAGCCCCCUUCUGGCUGCGAAUGUCCCUGGGUAAAUACAAAUAGAAAUUGCUUUGUGUAUUUAUAGGGUUCUCUGUUUUGAAGAGAGAGAAUUAUGUUACAUAUGUUUCUGUUAUAAAUUAAAAAACACUUCCUUGUCAUUGCAA